AUGGUAAGGAAUCGCAUCUAUUUUGACAGAAAUUCUAUAUUUAGCUUAUGUAAUAAUGUACAGACUAGCAACUCAACUUGUACUCCAACCUGAAAGUACUGAUGUAAGGGCACCAAAUGCCAAGGUCAGUUUGAGUGCUACAAAGUAUAUUUUGUAGUCUUAUUUUGAAUCCUUGGGCUCUGUGUUUUAUUAAGCCUGAUAUUACUCCUCAGAGUUCUAUGAAAAUACCGCAAAGCUCGGCGAAUUUUUACCUUCUGGUCCAAGCACAAACUCAACAAACAAGGAUGUGUGAAAAAUAGCAUUGAAAGACUUGAGUAUGAUGGACACCUUCGAUCCAGUUGAAGUCUUCCAGAUGGCCAGAUUAGAGAAGACAACAAACAGCAAGACUCUUCAUUUAACCAUACGAGCCAGUUAAAAUAUGGAAAUAGAGAUGUUAAUAGGAUUAAAUAGGCUCAAUGGAAAUUUAUUAGAGUGUGAAAACCCUUCUGAGGAACGCUUUAUCCAUUGUCAACAACAACCUAGCAGCACUUCUCUCCUCGAAAUGAGCUCAAGAACUGCAACUAAGAACCAUCAAAAAUCAUCGACAAAUGUGAAAACCUCCUCGUUUGAGACAAGUUUUCAGAACUCGCAGUCUGUAGUCCCUCUACAUCCAAUGUCUCAGGAAUAUAAGAUGAUCACACCGAGGAAGCUGGGCUCUCUGAGGGACUCAGCACCUCCAGAUGAGAUGACUUAUGAGGAGCCUUCAAAAGCCCAGACUUCAAACAUGUUUGAGAGAUUUGCUCCAAACCAUCAGGAACCAAAAGAAGAGAAUAAAUCAAAUCAGCUUUUUGACAUGAACCAGUUUAAGAUCAGGACUCAAGUUCGUAAUAGACAAAGCACCGGAGGUUCUCAAGUAAACUUAUGAAAUGCAGAGAGGGACUCCCAUGCGAAUAUUCAGAACCUGAGGAUUAAUAGCCAAAACGCAUCAAGCAUUUACCUAAGUGGUGAGACCGACGAGUACAAUCCUAAUAGUUCAAAUCCAGGUCCUACCAAAGUUAAGCAGAUCAAGAAAAUCAGAGGGAAAAGCAGGAAGCCGGUUAAGAAGGAAGUCCCUCUGCGACGCACAGACGAGCACUUGGGAUCAUUAGAUAAAUUUAGUCCCAAAUAACAAAGAGUUCAAUAGCAUCAUCGAUCUUAGUUUUGGAGAACCCAUCUCAAUAAUUCCUCAUCAAGAAGUGAAUCUGGACGAUUCAUUUAAGGGGCUCCUGAAAAAGAGCAUCAAGGAACAUAAGUCGGAUGAACACGCUUCAGCCCCUUUCGGAAUGUUCUUUGAUAGAGAUAUCAAAGUUAUUUAUGAGAAUGAAGACGAAGAGUCUUCUUCCGAUGAGAAUCAACCAAGGUCUAAAGAAAUUAGCAAAGGCUCAGUAGAAAGCUCUAAUAAGGUUGAAGCUUUUGAAAAUAGUCAAAUAGACCAAACUGGAGGUGAGACAUUGAGGAAAGAAGUCCUCUCGCUUGUCUCAACUCCUUAUACAUUAACUAGUCAUGCUAAUGUCAGGAGUGUUUCUAGUGAAGAUCAGAGUAAGAAAAAGUCUAUUUCAAAUUUGAUCAGAUCGAAGAAGAGGAGAGUGAUAAAGAAAGGAGCUAAGCUAAACCAAACUCUAGUAUAAUGUAUGAAGGUAUGAGCUAUCUAACCCCAUAGUUAUAUUCAAUGC